AUGACUUCAGAUAUGAUUUUUUGCAAUUUGUUAAACGCAGUGUUUCAGGUCGAAAACCUUCGUAAAGGUAACGUUCUCAAGGAAAGCAUUGAAUCUUCAGAGGAAAACGUUUCAAAUUUCAUGUUAUCAACAGCUGCUUGGGACAAAGGCGUGGCAGCGUUGGUUAAUAGUUUUUUAGGGCGAGUGGAACGACGGAAGCAUGAAGUCUUUUAUAGGGUUGAUGAACAAACUGUAGAGGUCGCAGGUGCUGAAGAAUUCUAUAUGAAGGACGGUGGGAAACAGAUGAUCCGGAUGUACUGGUUAGAUGCAUUCGAGGAUCCAGUGAAGCACAGCGGUACUGUUUACCUUUUUGGUCGUGUAAAUAUCCGUGGAGACAAGUGGGCGAGCUGUUGUCUAACAGUGAAAAAUAUCUACCGUCAAGUAUACUUUUUACCAAGGAAUACGGUACGUUGUUCAUUUUUGCUUCACAAUGAUAUCUUACGCCAUUGUGGAACUACUUCUUUUAAAUGCAGAGUGUGGUUUACGCUAUGUUUUGCUUUUUUCACACAAGAACAAAGUUGUCGAGCACCGCAGCCCAUGUAUUUAAGUAGUUAUCCUAAGUUAUCUACCGAUCUUUCGGGAGAAACGUUCUCAGCUGUUUUCAACACCACAACGACAUCAUUAGAGAGGUUGUUGGUGGAGAAAGCGAUGAUGGGUCCAGGCUGGAUUGACAUAACGAAUUAUGUGACGUCGCGCCAAUCGUAUUGCGACUAUGAGUUCAGUGUGGACAUGGAACGUAUGCGAAAUAUUCAUUAUAACACGUCGGUGACUCAAGCCGUCCCACCUGUUCGCAUGCUCGUUAUAAAUGUGCUUACAACACUCAACGACAAAAAGGAGAAUGAGAUCUGCAUGAUAUCAACGCUUUACAAUUCCACUUGCAAUUUGAACGAUCCUAGCACUAAUCAGAAAGAUCUUCAACGGUUGUGCAUGGUCACAAGACCAUCUGGCGGGACGUUACCAUUUGACAUAAAGGAACAGGUGGCUCGACGUGGUUGGUCGGAUGUGGUGUUGACUGCUGGAAACGAGAAAGCUCUGUUGUCUUUGUUCUUAGCGAAAAUCCAUAAAUAUGAACCAGAUGUAUUAGUGGGACAUGAUUUGUCGGCAUCGAUUUCCAUGCUAGUAUCACGUAUGGAUAAGCUUAAAGUUGCCAAUUGGUCAAGAACAAGUAGACUGAAACGAUCAAUCAAUGUUGGAAAAGUGGCACAUAGCAAGAGUGGACAAUGGGAGUUGACGGCUGGUAGAAUGCUGCUUGAUUCCAGGUUAUCUGCCAUGGAAUUGGUGCGAUCACGUAGUGGUUUCUUCUUGUUCAUUUUCCUUGGUAGCCAUUUUGUAAAUGUGCUUUUUGUUCUUUGUAACACGUUUAGUUCGUCCCAACAGUUGCUUAAUUUGAUCCAAUGGAGCUGGGUUGACCCAUGGUUAUCACUACGCGUUGUUUCACAUCUCAACGCACUUCCGUUGGCAGUUCAGAUUACAAAUAUUGUUGGAGGCAUUAUGUCUCGAACUUUAAUGGGUGGGCGGGCUGAGCGAAAUGAAUAUCUACUCCUGCACGCCUUCAAUAAAGCGAACUACGUAGCACCAAAUAAAUAUAUAGCUAGUUUCAAGAAAGAGACGGAAGCAGAUGUGAAGACAAAGGGGAAAGCACAUUACUCCGGUGGUCUUGUUCUAGAGCCCAAGAAAAAAAUGAAUUUUUAUAAUAACUACCGUGUUUUAGGCCUGUAUGACACACUUAUCCUUCUUCUCGAUUUCAAUUCGCUUUAUCCGAGUAUUAUUCAAGAGUACAAUAUUUGCUUCACUACCAUACCUCAUACUAAGGACGGUGACGAGCUUCCAAAUGUUCCUUCGUCCAAUUUAGCUGAAGGUAUUUUACCGUGCGAGAUUCGAGGUCUUGUCGAAAGACGAAGACAGGUCAAAAAGCUGAUGAAAGAGGCCCCGGAAGCAAAGAGGAAGCAGUACGACAUUCGUCAAAUGGCUUUGAAACUAACGGCCAACAGCAUGUAUGGAUGUCUGGGUUUUCAACAGUCACGAUUCUAUGCCAAACCACUUGCUGCACUCAUAACAGCAAAAGGAAGAGAGAUCUUGAUGCAUACGAAGGAUCUUGUGGAGAAGUUUGGUUAUUUUGUGGUGUACGGUGACACAGAUUCAAUCAUGAUUAAUACAAACAGCACUGAUUUGAAACAAGCAAAAAAACUUGGUCUUGAGAUUAAGCGAAUGGUUAAUCAAUGUCACAGACUACUUGAAUUGGAGCUUGACGGUGUCUUUAAACGUAUGUUACUGUUGAAGAAGAAGAAAUAUGCGGCGUUGAUGGUGAAUCCGGAUAAUGAACUUGACAUCAAGAAGGAAUUGAAAGGGUUAGAUAUUGUACGGAGAGAUUGGUCCCAGUUGGCUAAGGAAGCGGGGAAUAUAGUGGUGAAUUUAAUUCUGGAUGUGAGAUUAUCACGAGAUGAACUUGUUGCGGAAAUCGAUGAGUCAUUGCGGCAGUUGCGAGCUAAGCUUGACAAUGGGGUAGAAACCGUUCUUUUUGAAAUUAGUAAACAACUGACUCGUAAUCCUAAGGAUUACCAUGAUAUCAAGUCGCAACCUCAUGCUGCUGUUGCAGUGAGGCUCAAUGAGACCGGCAAGUUUUCUCUGCGACAGGGCGACAUUGUGGAGUAUAUUAUUUGUGAGGAUGGUACUAUAAAUUCGGCAAUGCAAAGGGCAUAUCAUCGCACCGAAAUAGAGUCUAAUUCUAAUCUUAAGAUUGAUCUGUCGUACUACCUUGCACAACAGGUCCACCCUGUUGUUUCACGAUUGUGCGCUCCGAUUGAAGAGACAGAUGCUGUUCGCAUCGCAGAUGCUUUAGGUAUGGAUUCGACAUCAUAUCGUCGCUCAUUUGCAGCCUAUGCUUCCGAUGUGGUGGCCGUCGAAGACGAAUGGGUUUGGCAAGAUCCAAUAACUUAUAAUCACUGCGAGCCACUUUCAUUUGUAUGCCCUUCAACUAGCUGCAGAAAUCUAAUAAAUGUUAGAACACCUAUCGAAACACAGGUGAGAUACAUGUUAUUCAUGUCGACUAUGCUGGCGCCGUAUUCUACUUACAUUUGCAAUCGGAUUGAUGAUGCUCUGGAAUCACUUGUUGCUAAGCAUUUGAUGGCACCUUUUAGAUGUGAUGAUCCUAUGUGUGAAUUCCGCACAAGAACACAUUUGUUCAAAUGGUGUCGGGAAGGACUGGAAUGUCCGAAGUGCACUGGCGGAGUUCUACGAAAAGAGUAUUCCGCCAAGGAUCUGUUUGACCAACAGACUUUUUGGAAGCGAACCAUUUGUUACGGUAACAUUUCAGGAAUACUUCAAACGAAAGCUGGAUAUUCCUCUGUCAUGGACCUAUUCACAAAAUUAUCUGCAAUUGUCGGUCGAUAUUUGGAGAACAAUGCCUACAGUAAAGUGGAUCUCGCAUUCAUUUUUGCACCGAUGAUUAAAAUCGACUAG